AUGAUUCCCGCGUUGAGAACAUCGCUGCGCUCGCGGCCCGUUAUGGGAGCGGUGAGGCCGUUGGCUCGCUGGAAUAGCACCAAGGGCGACGACCGCCUGGUCGGCCCGUACCCCAAGGUCAAGUUUGAGUACUACAACGAGCGCCCACAGUACCCCGAUGUUGAGUGGGACGAUAAGCAGUCCCGUCGCAAUUUCGGAGAGCCCCUGCAUCACCAAUACGAUCUGAUCGAUACAUGGUCGCCUGACCACUUUAGCCAGCGACCGGACUCUACGUCGCUGCGCUGGAAUCUCUAUUUUAUUGCCAUCAUCCUCGGCUUCAGCGGCUACUGCUACUACACGUUCGAGGGGCCUAACUUUGUUCGCCGCUCCUUCCCGGACGGCCUCAAGAAGUCGUUGGGCGACGAGUCCACUCAUGCUCGCGUUGACGUCGGCUGGAGCGAAUAA